AUGGACUCCUCACGCCUUGAUCCCAGAGCGGAUCUCGUGGCUCCCGUCUUUGAUCACAGAGCCUUCCAUUCCCGACCGAAGUCUACACUCACCGACCAUGACAACAAACGAGCUUCAGCAGUCAGCAUGCCACCCGCAAUGUUCCCGAAGAAACGACCAUGCUACGACUGGAUCUUUUCGAGUGCCUCCAACGUCCACAUCGCAGUCGACAGAUCGGCCUUCAAGACUUAUAUUCCAUUCCGAACCUACGUCCUCGCAAUUGCAGAUCAACGCCAGGUCCCAGCCAAAGGCAUCGGAACCGUCGAGCUGAAGAUCAAACGUCAGCCUGGCUCAAGAGAAUCACAUCGAGUCGUCCUCGAGAAUGUCCUAUACGUUCCCAGCUGGCUCUGCAACAUCAUCUCCGACACACACUUCACUCCUGCGCAAGAAUUUGAGCACAAUUGGGGUGAGUUCGGGGUCAACUUCCAACAGCGGAAGGACGGUAUCUGGAAGCCAUGGGGCUACACUGAAGGCUUCUGUGGUCUCGAGCGCCUUGUCCUGUAUCGAGACUUGCAAGGCCGUAGUCCUAUGCUGGAAGACAAAGAUCGAGAAGUCUUCUCUGUCAACGUCUCUUGGCCGCAGCAUCAACGAGACAAGUGGACGCAAAUAGUCGAACAGGAACAGCGUAGGGUUGCCAAGGAGAAGGAGGCAGAAGCUGCGAAGCUCGCACAGAAGCUGGCAGAAGAUGCUGUAAAGGAGGAGCAGAGGAAAGCUGCAGCCGCUGAGAAGGAAGCAGAGCAGGAUAAGGAGAACGUCGAUCCUGAGGACGUGGCAAAGCAGGACGAGCCACCGUUGCCUGAGUCGCCGACCCCAGCAGCUAUUGCCAGAGUGAAGACUGUGGAGCGAAUGUUGGUUGAGGUGGAGGCUGCCACACGGGGUGGAUGUCUGCCUCCGCGCCAAUCCUCCUCCCAACUUCGCUCCACCGCCGAAGAGCACGACUCCGACGAUGACGGCAUCCAAGGCGCCGACUCAAUUUCGCCCGAGCAACCCGGCAUCCUCUCCUCUUUCAUCCCCUUCUCGAAUUCCCGCUACGCCCGCCGCCGGCGCCAACAGGGCCUAGGUUUCACCCCUGACGCCCCGCUCCCGCCUGGCGUCGAGAAACCCGCCUUCUGGAUCAAAGACACCGGGUCCCUUAAAGUCGAAGCCAAAGUCUGGCUCGCCAACCAAAGGACCUUCGUUAAAUGGCAGCACAUCGCCGUCCUCCUUGCCACUUUGAGUCUCGGCCUCUUCAACGCAGCAGGCAAGAACAACACCAUAGCGCGAGCGCUAGCGGUCGUGUACACCUGCUUCGCAGUGUUUGCUGGCGUCUGGGGCUGGGGCGUGUAUAUGUGGCGGAGUAAGCUGAUUACGGAGAGGUCAGGGAAGGAUUUCGAUAAUAUGGUGGGCCCGAUUGUGGUAAGCCUGGGGCUGGCGGCGGCGUUGGUGCUGAAUUUUGCGUUCAAGUAUAAUGCUGUGGUGGCGGAGAAGGGGGAUCGGAAUGAGACAGUGGUGCAGUAUCUGAUGGGGCCAUCGAGGGCGGAGAGGUAUCUAUUGACGGUGCAGGGGUAG